UCCUCUCCAGAGGAAUGAGAUACGAAGCUCUAUUCUGAGAUUUAAUGUUGCUCAAUCCAUCUCCUCGCGCUUGCUUUAUCGCAAUCCACUUCGUCUUCUUCAUGUAAUCGAAGCUCACCUCCACAUUAAUCAAAUAACACCAUGGCUUACCGUUUCCCUCUACAUUCAUCAUCUCCACACUCUCACUUCAUCUCUCCCUCAAACCACCCAAAAACCCCGAGAUCCCCCAGAAACCACCACACCUCAAUCUCAUGCCAAAACACAAACGAUCCUCAAGACGAAGAAAAAUCCAAAAUCAAUCUCCUCGCAAUACCAAUCACACUCACUCUGAUCUCCGCCUCACUACCCCAACCCUCCCUCGCCGCGGCAACGAAGAAGAGAAGCCAGAAGAAGAAGCCUCGAGAAGCCUUAACACCCGAACAGCUCAAAUCCUGGUCCAAAGACCUCCCCGUAGUCUCCAAACGCAUCCCCUACACAGACCUUUUAACCCUAAAGUCCCAAGGCAAGCUCAAACACGUCAUCAAGCCUCCAUCCUUAACCCUACGCCUAAAAGCAGAGCCCGUGCUAGUCGUCUUAGAAGACUCCCACGUGCUGAGGACCGUGCUGCCGUCAAUAGACGGUAACAAACGGUUUUGGGAACAAUGGGACGAGUUAAAGCUCGAUUCAGUUUGUGUAAACGCUUACUCUCCUCCCGUUAAGAAGCCACCUGUCCCAUCUCCUUACUUAGGGUUCCUAUGGAGAGUCCCGUCUUACAUGCUGACGCUGGCCAAGCCCAAGAAGGAGUCUAAACGGGCCGCGGAGCUGAAACGGAUGAGAGAGGAUUUCAAGAGGCAGAGGAAGGAGGAGAUGGAGAGGAUGAACGAGGAGAGCGAGGAGAUGGAGAAGGCCAUCAAGGCGCAGAAGAAGAUGCAAGAGAGGAAGAAGAGGAAGGCGGUUAGGAAGAAGAAGUACGAAGAGUCUUUACUCGAGGCGAGGAGGAACUACCGCGACAUGGGCCUUAUGUGGGCCAGGCUGGCCGAGGAUUCGAACGUCGCGACUGCUCUCGGACUGGUCUUCUUCUACAUCUUCUACCGCGUGGUUGUGCUCAACUACAGGAAGCAGAAGAAGGAUUACGACGAUAGGUUGAAGAUCGAGAAGGCGGAGGCGGAGGAGAGGAAGAAGAUGAGGGAGUUGGAGAGGGAGAUGGAAGGGAUUGAGUUGGAUGAUGAGGAGGAGGAGAGUGGCGAGAAGAAUCCUUACCUGCAGAUGGCGAAGCAGUUCAUGAAGUCAGGGGCGCGCGUGAGGAGAGCGUCGUCGAAUAGGAGGAUGCCUGAGUAUCUCGAGAGGGGCGUGGAUGUGAAGUUCACGGACGUUGCGGGGCUUGGGAAGAUUCGUCUUGAGUUGGAGGAGAUUGUUAAGUUUUUCACUCAUGGAGAGAUGUACAGGAGGAGAGGUGUCAAGAUCCCAGGUGGUAUUCUAUUAUGUGGGCCACCUGGGGUGGGGAAGACAUUACUGGCGAAAGCUGUAGCUGGGGAAGCUGGAGUGAACUUCUUCUCUAUUUCUGCUUCUCAGUUUGUUGAGAUAUACGUUGGUGUUGGUGCAUCUCGUGUACGAGCUUUGUAUCAGGAAGCUAGAGACAAUGCUCCAUCUGUGGUUUUCAUUGAUGAAUUGGAUGCUGUUGGAAGAGAGCGUGGGUUGAUAAAGGGUUCUGGAGGACAAGAAAGGGAUGCCACUCUUAAUCAGCUCCUUGUUUCUUUAGAUGGUUUUGAAGGAAGAGGAGAGGUGAUUACCAUCGCUUCCACAAAUAGACCAGACAUUCUAGAUCCUGCGCUUGUGAGGCCUGGAAGGUUCGACCGCAAAAUCUUCAUUCCUAAGCCUGGUCUUAUCGGACGUAUGGAGAUUCUGCAGGUUCAUGCUCGUAAGAAGCCGAUGGCUGAAGAUUUGGACUAUAUGGCAGUUGCUAGCAUGACAGACGGCAUGGUUGGAGCAGAGCUUGCUAAUAUCAUUGAGAUCGCGGCAAUCAAUAUGAUGCGCGAUGGAAGAACAGAGUUAACAACAGAUGAUUUGCUUCAAGCGGCACAAAUAGAAGAAAGAGGAAUGUUAGAUAGAAAAGAUAGGAGCUCUGAGACGUGGAGACAGGUUGCUAUAAACGAAGCUGCUAUGGCUGUUGUCGCAGUGAACUUCCCUGAUCUCAAGAAUAUCGAAUUUCUGACAAUCAAUCCUAGAGCUGGUAGAGAAUUGGGUUAUGUCCGCGUGAAGAUGGAUCACAUCAAAUUCAAAGAAGGCAUGCUUAGCCGACAAUCCCUGUUGGAUCACAUAACUGUUCAGCUAGCACCUCGUGCUGCAGAUGAACUAUGGUACGGUGAGGAUCAGUUAAGUACCAUAUGGGCUGAAACAUCGGAUAACGCAAGGUCAGCUGCUAGAUCACUGGUUCUUGGUGGUCUCUCUGAGAAGCAUCAUGGCUUGAAUAACUUCUGGAUGGCUGAUCGAAUUAACGAUAUUGACGUGGAGGCGUUGCGGAUAUUGAACAUGUGUUACGACCGUGCUAAAGAGAUUCUCCAAAAGAACCGGACGCUCAUGGACGAAGUGGUAGAGAAACUAGUUCAGAAGAAAAGUCUUUCGAAACAAGAGUUCUUCACUCUUGUUGAGCUCUAUGGCUCCAUUAAACCAAUGCCACCAAGCAUACUUGAACUCAGGAAAAUCAAACGGCUCCAGCUCCAAGAGAACGUGAUGAAACUGGACAUGACUAGCGCAAGAAACAGUUCAUGAGAUGAUUUGUGGCAAACGUAGACCUUGUUGUAAUCUUAGUGACAUAUGAACGAGCUUCAAUAAAAAAAAAAAGUUAUUUUUGCAGUUUUGAAGG